CUAGGAUCCAAAAUAAAGAGGAUAAGACAGUGGCUCAAACUUCAAAGGGAGUCUCCCGCGGCGCGCGUCUCAUGAUGCCUUCGGGUUGGUACGGCGAGCCUCGUUUUCAAAUGACCAGGUAGCUUGUCUACGGCAGAGUGAAACGAAGGUCCCGCUUUAGUCGCGUUUUUUUCAUUGUAUCCGGAGAAUUUCGUCAAAAGACAAGAGGAGCUGAUUAAGGAAUAUGCAGUGAAGCACCAUGCCAAUUAAAAAGAGAAAGAAGAUAGGCAAGAAGGUUAAGAAUGCCCAGGCCAAGAAAUAUGGUAAAUCAGCAAAGAUUUCCAAAGACACAACUACGUAUCCAGGGACAAAUGACAACAGUGAAUGUGUCGUGUCAAGUCAACAAUCUAGUGAACCUGAGGAUGACAUGUCUUUAAGCAGCCUGAAGGAUGUUUCUUCUGACAACUCAGAUACUCAACAGUCAAAUGAAUCCUGCCGUUUUUUACUGAGCAAAGGAGUUGCUUUUGUGCUAGCAGACCAUUUCAAUCAGGACCCCUUGGAGCAGUACUUUCCAUGCAGAGAAAUGCGGGUGGUGCCAAUGAAAAUCCAAACGUAUCAUCGUUCCACCACAACACGUCAGCAAUUAGAAUACAGAAAUCAUUUGCCAUGGCAUCAUUUCGAGGAAAUUCCCGCCAGGCACAACCACAAAGAGAAAUUGACAGUACACCUCUAGCCAAAAGAAGAAAGAUCAUCUAGCACUUUUCAAUGGGGGAUACCAAUUAUUAUAGAAUGUUGUAGAAUGAUAGGUAACUUUAUUAGUAUUAGUAUUAGUUAUUCAUACAUCAGCCCAUGUGUCACCAGCUGGGACUUAAUAGUUAGCAUCAGUGUUCUUUUUUUUAACUCUAUAAGCCAUGAUUAAUAGAUAAAUGGUGUUGUGGUGACAAUUUUGUUGAUCAUAAAUGAAAUGUUUUGAAGUUUUUUGGGGUUUCAAUUUGUUGAUAAACUUAGAUAAGUAAAUGUGUACAGGUUACAUUUAACAGGCUGCAUCUUAUUGGGAAAUUACAGUGAUGAAUUGCAUGAACAAGUGAAUUCGUUUAAUAAACUUAUUUGAACUGUA